AUGCAGGGUUAUUUUGCGCUGAAUCAGCCUGUUCUCCCGUCCGGUUGGCAGAUAGCCUACACCCCGACCGGCCAACCGUACUACAUGGAUCAUAACACAAAGACCACGCACUGGAAUCCCCCGGAGACAGUCGGCUAUUCGUUGGGAAGCUACUACAACCCUGUGAUGGUAGCUGGCGGCGGCAACAGCCGCGGUGGCCGUGGCCGCGGCGGCCGUGGCGGCAUCGACCAAGGGAAGCGCAAGACAAAGAUGUGCAUCUACUGGGAAAAGAACGGCGAGUGCAGCUGGGGGGAUCGCUGCGCCUUCGCCCACGGGAAGGGCGAACUUCGUGCUUCGUCAAACACGGCAAGUUCGCAGCCCCAGCAGCCGGCGCACGAGGAAGACACAGCAACGGCGUAG